UUUUCUACUAAGUGUUUAUCAAGUGGGCUUCAGCUGAAGUUCCAAUACUGGACGUGCGUUUCUAUAUGUGCCCUAUUUUCUUCUGUGAUCUCUCUCAGAGUCAGACGCCAGCAUUCCACCGCCGCUCUCCUCUUCUUCCAUCCAAGGAAUCAUCUUUACCAUACGGUAGAUAUUUUUUGUGGCGCAUAGUAGAUAAGUAGAAGAGCAUGCCGACCUUGUCUUCCAUGGCGACUCCAGAACAAGGGCCGGUUCCUUUCGUGGACACCCUGCUUGCCGGCACAAACCUCGUGCCCUCGCCGCGGCAGCAGCGGGAGGAAGAGCAUGCCGACCUCGUCGCCACCCUGCCGAGCGCACUGGAGGCCAACGGUCUAAAGAAGCUAUGUCUUUACCAGGGCUUCUGGAUACGUGAUAUCCACGUACCGGCGGCCAUCGCCCUCCAGCGGCGAUUCGAGCCCCGCCCCGACGACGUCAUUGUGGCCAGCUUUCCCAAGUCCGGCACCACGUGGCUCAACGCCUUGACCUUCGCGACGAUGGCGCGCAGGGCAUACCCUCCCGCCGGCGCCGACCACCCGCUCCGCCGCCUGAACCCGCACCAGUGCCUCCCUUUCCUGGAGGGCCUCUUCCAGGGCGGCCGGGAGGCGGAGCUCGAGGCGCUCCCAUCCCCGCGCCUCAUGAACACGCACAUGCCGCUCCCAAUAAUGGUGCCGUCGGCCGUGCCAGGCUGCCGGGUCGUCUACGUCUGCAGGGACCCCAAGGACAUGGCCGUCUCGGCGUGGCACUUCCUCCGCCGCCUCCGGCCGGACCUGGACUUCGCCGUCGUCUUCGAGUCCGUCUGCGACGGCACGAUGGCGUUCGGCCCGGUCUGGGACCAUGUCCUCGGCUACUGGCGCGCGAGCAUGGCGAUGCCGGACAAGGUGCUCUUCCUGCGGUACGAGGAGCUGCUCCGCGACCCGGCCGAGAAGGUCCGAAAGCUGGCGCGGUUCCUCGGAACGCCAUUCUCCGCAGCGGAGGACGAGGCCGGCACCGUCGACGACAUUGUCCAACUCUGCAGCUUCGAGCACCUCAAGGGCCUGGAGGCCAACAAAACUGGCUGCUUGGAUCCCCUUCUCCCCGUCCCGCGUGAUGCGCUCUUCAGGAAUGGGGCGUCCGGCGAUUGGGUGAACCACAUGACGCCGGAAAUGGCGAGCCGUCUGGACAAGAUCGUCGCUGAUAAAAUGCGCGGGACAGGCAUUACUUUUCAGUGACUUUUGAACUGCUCACGUUGUAUCAUGGUUUUUAUUUCUGAAGUUUAUACGAAGUCAUGGUAGCCGGCCGAGCAAAAAUGCUGAAAUAAAUCAAAUAAUGCGAGCACGGGAUUUAAAUCUCGCGAGUUGGGAAUGCAACAAUCCCUCUAACCA